AAUCAGGUGUCGCGGCAAUAGACACGUAGAAAACUCUAGCAAACAAACAUGGCUACCUCUUGUGAAUAAACAGACGUGCUUUGACGUUCAAUAUUUUGGGACAAAACCUGAUAAUGGUUGUCGGUGCGAAUCCCUGCCCUCUUGGAGACAUUCUCCGUGUGAGAGGGCUGCUGGAGCUCAAGUGUCUCCUGGACAGCACAGAUGUGGUGCUCAUACAAAAAAACAUCUCCAGAACAUUUGAGAACCUACGCUCACAUGUGAACUCGGAAUCCUGCGUUUUGAGAGUCCGGGACAGCCCAGUUAUUAUAUGGCCCUACAAAAGUGUUCAUGUGACACCAAAAGAUAUAUCUCCAGAUACACUUUGUGAAGAGCUGCAUCAUUGGAUACAGACAGAUGAACAGGACGUUUAUGGCAAGAAAUCAAAGAAGAAAAGCAAAAAGAGCUCAGGAGCUAGACUCAUCCUUCUUAACCUGAUGAUGGACGUGACAAAAUCAGGUCCCCUUCCUGCACCAGUCCUCUGCAGAACCCUCCAAAAAGCCCACUUCCUGUCUACCACGCUUCCUUUAGACUGUGUCGUCUGCAUCAGCCCCGCUGACACCAUCAAAGAUGCCUGUGAGCGCCUGUUGGAGGCGCUAACGAAUCAGCUGUGUGAGAUGGAGCAAGAGAUGCUGCGCCACAUGGAGGGAACAACGCUGGCUGUCCCCGAGCCGUUCCACUUCCUGCUUCCAGAGGCCAAAGAACUGGUGACAGUGUUAUAUCCUGCAGGGGUGCCGGAGAGCCAGCUGGAGACCCAGCGGAAGGAAUUUCAUCAACGCUUUGAGCUUCCAGAGGACCGGCCCUAUUUUAGAAGAGCCAACGCUUAUCACUUCCCCAAUGAGCCCUACAAGGACGGUUACCUCCGAAACCCUCACAUGGCUCUCACACAUCCAAACCUGGACGACGGGAAGGUGUACUUGGUCCAAGGAGUCUACAGUUACCAUCACUACAUGCAGGACCGCAUGGACGACAACGGCUGGGGCUGCGCUUAUCGAUCCCUCCAGACCAUCUGCUCCUGGUUCCAGCAGCAAGGCUACGUGGAGCGACGCGUGCCCACUCAUAGGGAAAUCCAGCAGGCUUUAGUGGAUGUUGGAGACAAACAAGCCUCCUUUGUGGGCUCUCGCCAGUGGAUCGGUUCCUUUGAGGUCCACGCAGUCCUCAACCAAUUACUCGGGGUGACAUCCAAGAUUAUGUUUGUGAGUCAAGGGUCUGAGAUGGCGACCAAAGGAAGAGAACUGGCUAACCACUUCCUCACUGAAGGGACCCCUGUGAUGAUUGGAGGGGGGGUCUUAGCCCACACAAUCCUGGGUGUUGCUUGGAGUGAGACCACCGGAAUGAUUCGUUUUCUCAUCCUGGACCCUCAUUACACAGGAGCAGAGGACUUGCAGGUCAUCACAGACAAGGGCUGGUGUGGCUGGAAAGGACCUGAGUUUUGGGAUCAAGGCGCAUAUUAUAACAUGUGUCUUCCUCAGAGGCCAAAGGUCGUAUGAGUAGGGAUGCAUUGGUAGUUUUUGGUACCGGUUACUAAUUGGGUCAGUCCAGAAGGAUCAUUAUGACUCUGAACCAAUGAGACGGCUAUGGGUACUUUUUUAUUUUUUCCGUCUGACAGUCGUAAUUAUGACAUGCUGUCACAUUCACUUGAGGUGCCGCUGCUACGCAUAAAAAAAGACACGUGUAGGAUCUGAUCCAUUUGGAAUAAUCACAAAUAUGGAAGCAACGCCACACAAAAGUCUGUAACACAACAAUAUUUCUUCCGCAAAAGUUCCUUAAAGUCACGCACGCUAAAACUUUACUCACGACCACCGCUGCCGCACUUAAUCAACCGUUUUCGUAGGGAUCCAGUAAUCCACAGGCCAAUUUUAAUCCACUGAUUAAAGUGAAAAAAUUAUAGCUACUGUCACGCCAUCACGUCGUGUUUGCAGGGCUAUCAAAACACACCUUGCUAAAUGCAAACCCACUGAUCAUGCUAAUAGAUUUUAUUGAUUUUUAUAUCAGAUAGAUGGCAUGUAAAAGAUCUGUGCUCUGCACACGUAUAUCAUAUAUAAAUAUCAUAUCUACCUGAGUGUAAUUGUAAAAAGCAGGACAUCUCUGCUGUGAUAUAUUACAUGAUGUUGGUGAUGUACAACCUCUUGCUGAUAAAAAUUGGUAAUAAAAAGGUAUUUUUUUACAUCGUUAUUUACGCCGAUAAUUACAUAUAAUAUUGUAUUCUAUAUCGAUAAAAAAAAUCGAUAUUGGUAUUAAUAGUAAUAAUGGAUUAGAUUUAUAUAGCGCUUUUCUAGACACUCGCUUCACAGAGAAGUGAGGACCAGUCAUUCUUUCACACCUUGUGGUGGUAAGCUACUUUCAUAGCCAUAGCUGCCCUGGGGUAGACUGACUGAAGUGUGGCUGUCAGUUUGUGCCUACGGCCCCUUCUGACCACUACCCAUCAUUCAUCAUUCAUUCACCAGUGUGAGCGGCACUGGGGGGAAGUUUCAAGUGUCCUGCCCAAGGACACAACGGCAGUGAUUUGGAUGGAAAGAGGCGGGGAGCGAACCUGCAACCCUCAAGUUUCUGGGAUGGCUGCUUUACCCACUAUGCCCCUAUUAAUAAAAUCUUAACGAAAGACAUCUCCACAUAUGAGUGUUUUGUUCACAUGUUUUAAGAGUGAACAGAACCAAUAGGCCGUAGAGAAAUCAGGAGGCACCACAAUGGUAAUAAAAAAAAAAUCCCCUUCAGUAUGAAUAAACUAAAACUAGUUGAUGCUUAAAUGUCAUGCAAAGUCCAAUUGAUAUUACUAUUAAAAUCUUAGUAUCAAAAAAGUCCUUCUCUGCGCCAUCUUCUUCCUUCUCCUUGUCCUCUUCAAGCUUGUCGAUACCUGCGUGCUCUUUGAAGAGAUGUAACUGCAAUUGUGUACAUGUCAAACUAAACUCUCCAGAUGAAGAGGGGGAAAACAGUAAAUACUUUAAGGACAGUAAAGAUUUGUGAUGUUUUUACAUCUGGCUCGCUCGCCAAUUACACGUUGUUAGUAAUACUUCUGAACAUGGCAUUCCCACGGGACAUAUUAAACUGCAAUAAGUUUUUGCAUCCGCCCACCUACAUUUCCCUGUAAUGACAAUAAAGUUGUAUAUUAUGCAUAACAACAUGCAGAACAAUGGUAUAUGGUUAUACAUGCAGCAUAACAGACUGCAGUACAAUGCUAUUUGAUUUAUUUUGUAAACAUGUACAGUAAUCCCUUGAUUAUAACUACUAAUUGGUUCUAGGCAAAUGCACCUGGGGAUAGGUUGAUUGGCAACACUAAAUUGGCCCUAGUGUGUGAAUGUGAGUGUGAAUUUUGUCUGUCUAUCUGUGUUGGCCCUGCGAUGAGGUGGCGACUUGUCCAGGGUGUACCCCGCCUUCCGCCCGAUUGUAGCUGAGAUAGGCGCCAGCGCCCCCUGCGACCCCAAAAGGGAAUAAGCGGUAGAAAAUGGAUGGAUGGAAGUAGUAAUGAUUUAUAUGUAUUUUUAUAUGUAUACCAUAAUAAAAAAACUGUUAACGGCAUCUGAAUAUAUUAUACAUUAUGAAAAUCCUCUGAACCUGAAAUAACACUCACAUAGUCACUAUACAGUUUACACCCAUUUAAUCCUAUAAAGUAAUGCUGGCUGAGGCUGAGCCAACCAGGGGCCACUAAACUAAACAGCACGUUCUUAUGCUUUAGCCCCAAAGUACAUACAAUAUGCAUAUUAAAUUCUACUAUAUGACGAGGGAAGACUGUACAAUAAAUUGCAGAUGGACGUCAUACAACAUUUCACCUCGGGUGCCGCAUUUGCUAUACUAUGCAGUUUAUUCAGUAACAAAUAAUAAAUUGGAAAAAUUGAUAGAAACACUACAGAAAUAAGGGCAUGAUUUUUUUUAUCAACAAUACAUUUAAUAAUAUAAAGAAUCUUUCUGGGUUAAUGCCAAGAAGAAACUCUUAAGUAGUUGUAGUUAGUCGGAUUAAUUAAUAUGUUUGAUAUAGUCUCUGUUUGCAUUAAAUUCAAUGCAAGUUGUCAUCUACAACUAUGUUUUAUCCAAUUGGUCAAUCCUAAGAAUAAAUUCUAAAAUCCUCAAAAGACAUGUUUCCAGUAUUGUCAAUAUUUUUUCGCAUGAGUCCAACUUUUUUCAACUGUAAGUGUAAAAAUGUCAAUAACUUUUAAAUUGGAACAUCUGUGGGAAGUCUGCAUGUUCUCCCUCCCCUUGCGGAUUAAAUAAUAUACUGUAUAUAUUAAUUUACCAUGUUUUGCAGUAAGGGUUUGGCAGUUUAAUGUUGUCCUUUCAUCCCUAUCCUUAUUACAUAUGUAUUAUGUAUCUUGAAAAUAAGUAGCAAUAACACCAGACAGUAUUAGGUGCACUUGCCCAAUCUGCUUGAUGGUAUUUUCAUAUUAAAGUUUUCCAGUGUUUAGACAGGAAUUAGCAUUAUUAUUAAUAGUGACAACAGUUUAAGAUGUUGUGCCUAUUGUAUACAGCACAACAAAAGUGGCUUCUUUCUUUUUUUAUUAGAAAUGUGACAUUCAUGAACGAAUCGAGUCUUUUAAAUGGCUCUUUCAAGUGAACAAUGAGAACCGAUUCCCAGUUGGAAGUCGUUUUGUGUAUGCCACAAGACCGGCAACUGGACUAGAAAGUGAGUCAUCUUACAAAGAAAAUAUAUAAAUAUA